AGUUACAAUAAUUUCCGUCUAGAAUGUAGGAAUAUAGUUAAUUACCACUCAUACAUAUAUUCAGUCUGAUAUGAUUUCGCAAACAAACAAUAUUAUGUGUACGUUUCCGUUUAAAGUUUUUCACAUGCGUUAUCUGUUGUUGUUUUUUUUUUGGCAACAUGAAUAAAAAGUUGUUGAUCUCGUUGAGAAACGAAAUCUGACAGGUUUAUAUCCGCAAGACAUUUAUACACGACGACACGGAAACGACAUUGUGUUACAGAUCCGUAUAAUUUUUUACUUCAAAUUUUAGCAACAAAAUCAGAAUAAGGAAGGGAUAGAUGACAACAACCAGAAAUGUCUGGUCAAUGGACACUGCAGUACUUUUGAAACAUCCUAAAAGACUACAUAUUUAGAAUUGAGUAUGGAAACUGCAAACUAUAUUUAUUACUCUUUUAUAGUAACUUAUCAUUUUGUUGGUAGAAUUUCUUUGAUAAUGAUAGAAUAUUUACAUUAAUCGGAACCAUAGCAUAGUGAUCAGUUGUGAUAACGAUAAAAAUUAAGAAGCUAAAUACCAUGAAAGCUAUAAAAAGAACGUUACGACACAGCAUCCAAAUCGUCGCGUCGCGUAGUAAAAGCAAUUACGACAUAGUUUGUUUUGUAAUAAAUUUAGCUCAGUGAGGACGGUGAUCCGCAACAUGUCGGACGCGGAGCAGCAAGUGCGCGACCUAGUGCAGAAGAUAGCGGAGGAGCAAGGUUACGAAGACUGCCAUAUCGAACUCAAGUCCUUCACAACCGGAGGAGCCAACUACACUUCACAAUUGUUCCACAUCACAAUCACGUCACCGGACAAAGAUGAUCUCAAACUUUUUGCCAAAAUCGCUUGCGUUGGAGAAAAGAUAAGAAAAUUAACACCCUUUAAGAUGUUCGAAACUGAAAUGUAUUUCUAUACAGAACUGCUAAAGCACUACCAGGACCUGGAAGAGAAACAUAACGUCCCAAAGGAACACAGACUGGCCACUGUCAAAUUCUAUGGCUGCAAUAAAGAAUAUUUGAACGAGACUCUAGUUCUCGAAGACCUAUCGUCGCUGGGCUUUGACAUACACGACAGAUUUAAAAGUUUUGACUGGGAGUACGCAUCAACGUCGAUAGUGGAACUCGCAAAACUCCACGCGCUGUCGAUAGCGUUCAGGAAACAAAAGCCGGAAGAGUACGAAAUUUUAGCCAAACUUUUGACUUUUGAUAUUAAUUCUGAAGACUUCAAGCCAAUGAUGGAGCACAUGACGCGAUCGGCGUUGGCCGUUGUCAAAGAAGAAAACAGAUGGAGACUGGUGACGUAUCUCGAGAAGAUGAAAGAUUUGGAAUCCUCUCAUUAUUACAGGCCGCUGAAUUGUGCUGUGGUGACACACGGCGACUUCAGACCUAGCAACCUGAUGCACAGGGUCCAUGAGGACGGUAGACUGGAGCUAGUACCCGUAGAUUACCAGAUGAUGAAGGUCUGCAACCCGGCUCUUGAUCUCAUGUACUACAUAUUCGGUGGCUCCGACGAGGAGUUCCGCGACAAACACUAUCAUCAACUGUUAGACUAUUACUACGAACAGUUGUCAAACGCCCUGGUGAGACUGGACGUAGAUGCAGUCAAAACUUACCCGAGAGAAGCCUUCGAUUCAGAUAUAAAAGAGAUCGAACCUUACGGUAUCUUCGUGGGCAUGAUGAUGGUGCCUCUUCUGACCGUUGAUGCUGAAAACGCGCCAAGCAUGGAUACGGCCGAUUUAUCAGACUUCGUAAUAAAACCGAACGAACUUGCAAUAUCCAGAUUAAAUGGAAUUAUACAUAGUUUUAUUAAAUUAGGUGUAUUGUGAUUUUUAAUAUUUGGCAAGAGGACAACUCGUUCUGUGUUCUAUGUAAGAUUAUAUUUUUGGACGACAUGCAUUUUUAUAAUGUUAUUA